AGGGCCCGGGGAAGGAGUGGGUCUACGGUCUGGACAUGGCGUCUGUGGGGCCCAUGGGCAGGAGCUCAGCCUGGGCACCCCAGGGUAGCAGGCCCUGCCCCACACUCUGCCUGUGUCUCUACAGCUCCCCCAGGACCUGACAUGGUGCAGAUCGUCAUCUCCAGCAGUGGCACCGGGGCCCUGGCACAGUGGGUGCUGGUGGAGCUGCAGGGCGAGGUAGAGCCCCGGCAGAGCGGGAACCUGGCCGGGAGCCUCCUAGGAGAUCUGCACUACACUUGCGAGGGCAUCCCUGUGCUCAUCGUGGGUCACCACAUCCUCUAUGGAAAGGUGGUGCAGCUGGAAAAGCCAUUUGCUGUGCUGGUGAAGCAGGCAGGAGCCCCCCAGCCCAGCCCUGGGGAGCCACAGGGACACUACACCGUCACCGCCCUCAUCAAAACCAAACUGCUCUUCAAAACCCGCCCCAAGCCCAUCAUCACCCACGUGCCCAAGAAGGUGUGAGGGGGAUGGAUGGGGGCUGUGAACUUCAUUCUGCUGCUGGGAAGAACAUCAAGGACUGAGAAAGAUCCAGGACCUCAUUCCUGUCCUGAACAGGGAACACUCAGGGUGCUGAGUUCUGUGUCUGGGCAUCCAGAGCCCUUCCUGCGUCACUUGUCCCCUCAAAACGACUCUUUUUCUGAGAGCCACAGACCAUGUGGGUCUGUCCAGGGAACCUGGUUCCUGAGGGGCAGGAACCUCCUGUGAGCCCAUGCAGGGGUGUCCUAUCUAGGGGCUGCCCUCAGUGGCUGGAUUCAGCAGUUCUCAGGGACUCAUGGAGGUGCCAGGGUGGAGAAGUCCCCCUCUACCCUUCCCUGCAUCUGUGGGGAUACCAGUGCCAGACAGGGACUCAGUCCCAAUCUCCCUCAAAUCAGGGCAGAGGGACCAGGACCCCUCCCCACAACACAGCACACAUCUUUGAUGCGAGUCUUUAUUUCCCCAACUCCAUCAGGAUAUAAAAACCAGUUUUUUCCCCUAAAAUAUGAAAAAGAUCCCCCUGGCAGGUUCAAAAAUAAAUAGAUUUACAAACCAUCCAUAACAAUACCAAAGAGCUACAAAAGUCU